GUUGCGCGGACUGUACACGGAAGGCAGUGAGUUUCGUGGUGGAAAAAAGUUCUCAUAGUUGUUUUCAUGCCAAAGUAAAAAAAAGUCACGCUUCAGUCGUUUGUAGCCUGCUGUGAGAUUGUGUUGAAGCUGUUCGAAGACUCCAAAGAACCAGAACCUCUUCAUGAUGCGGACUGAACCAGGCCCAGUGCAGAUCGUCACAGUGUGUAAGGAGGAACACUCCUUUGCUUUGGACACCGAGGCCUUGGCCCGGGUUCUGCUGGCACCUGAGGUCCGGGACAAACAUGUGGUCGUGCUGUCGGUGGCGGGAGCCUUCAGGAAGGGCAAGAGCUUCCUGCUUGACUUCAUGCUUCGCUACAUGUACAGAAAGGGCGAUGAAAACUGGCUGGGUGAGGAGGACGAGCCGCUGACUGGAUUUUCUUGGAGAGGAGGUUCAGAACCAGAGACAACAGGCAUCCAGCUUUGGAGUGAAGUUUUUCCCAUCACAAAGAGUGAUGGAACAGAGGUGGCAGUAGUGUUGAUGGACACUCAGGGAGCCUUUGAUUACCAGUCCACCGUGAAGGACUGCGCCACUAUCUUUGCCCUCAGCACCAUGACCAGCUCCAUACAGAUCUACAAUCUGUCACAGAACAUACAAGAGGAUGAUCUGCAGCAGCUACAGCUGUUCACGGAGUAUGGUCGCCUUGCCAUGGAUGAAAUCUUUCUGAAGCCCUUUCAGUCUUUGAUGUUCCUGAUCAGGGACUGGAGCUUUCCCUAUGAAUAUAAGUAUGGCUUUAAAGGAGGCGAUGAAUUCCUGGAUAAACGGUUACAGGUGAAUGAGUCCCAACAUGAGGAGCUGCAGACAGUGAGGGAUCACAUCCAUUCAUGCUUCACCAACAUUUCCUGCUUCCUGUUACCUCACCCUGGGCUGAAGGUUGCCACCAGCCCUUCUUUUGAGGGACAACUUAACGCUGUUGGCCCGGAGUUCAAAGAGCAGCUGAGGAGCCUGAUCCCUAAACUGCUGCAUCCUGAUCGUCUGGCUGAAAAAGAAAUAAAUGGAAACAAAGUCACCUGCAGGGGCCUGCUCGAGUUCUUCAAGGCGUACAUCAAGAUUUACCAGGGAGAGGACCUGCCACAGCCAAAGACUAUGCUCAUGGCUACAGCAGAGGCUAAUAACCUGGCAGCUGUGGCAACUGCCAAAGAUCAGUAUAACAAGAACAUGGAGAAGGUGUGUGGGGGAGACUUGCCCUACGUGGCUCCUGACUCUCUGGAGGAAAAGCACAGCUUUUACUUCAAAGAGGCUCUUCACAGCUUCUCCUCGACCAAGAAGAUGGGCGGACAAGAGUUUUGUGACCGUUACCAAACACAGCUGGAGAAGGAGCUGGAGGAAACGUGGCAGUCACUCUCCAAGCACAACGAGUCCAAAAACCUCUUCAGCGCCUUCCGGACGCCUGCCGUGCUGUUUGUCCUGGUGUGCCUCCUCUACAUAUUGUCAGGUGUGUUGCUGUUCGUGGGCCUGUCGACCUUCGCCCUCGUGUGCGACUGUACUCUGGGCGUGGUCAUGAUGUCCAUGCUGACGUGGGCCUUCAUCCGCUAUUCUGGCCGGUACCGGACUGUAGGGGGCGCCAUCGACCAGGCCGCAGGUGUCGUCCUGGAGCAGGCCACGGUGGUGUUGAACAAGUCGAGAGGAACCAUUGACCAGAAGAAAUCCAGUUAGAGGACCUCUGAACCUUUGUAAUCUCGAUGCAAUGCUACCAGCGCACAACACAAGCACACAUUCAGCACUAAAGCCUUAUCAUGCCACCCAUUGGAACAAAACAUGCAGCUCAACCACGUUGGCACGAAACAUCUUGCCAAUUCACCAGCAUCUUUAUUAUGCACGUUACUCAGCCUGUUACAGUCCAGGCUUGUAUAAAGGUGACUGGAUCCACUGAGGCGGGGAGUCAAACCUUCCCAGCCCCUCUGAUUGAUGCGUCAUGUCUUAAAUUGAUACUGCCAUGAUUUAGGUUUACAAUUGGUCUUAAUAGACAAGUCAAUGUUUACCUUUAAACAUAUAAAACUCUUACUUGGUUGUUUAUUGUUCAAACAGGGUGUCCGGUCAGGGUGAUUUUCAAACAAAAGGUUCUGCAGUAUAUCUUACCUUUUUAAAAAAAAUGCCGGCUUUAAAGCUUAUACAUUUAUACAUAUUUCUUUGUGGCUAUAUUUUUUUACUUUGUGGCCUUAAAAACAUUCCGUUCUGUUUGUAGAUUUGCUUUAUAUUUGAUAUAAAGUAGCAUUUCUAGAAGGGUGGACUGUCACUACCUUGAAAGGAGGAGAGGAUACGCACUUUCUAUAUAGCACAGUAGACUUUGGAAGCAGCAUGUAAUGGGAUCUAAUUUGUUUCCAGUGCUUUGCCAUUUAUUCCUUGAUGGAAAUGUGUUACACUUUGUAUAUUUUGAUACUAUAUACUAAACUCUUCUAGCAAAAUUAUGUAUAGGAACUUCUGCAGCAUUUUCCAGCUCCAAAGAUGCAACACUAUUUUUAAUAUUUAAAGGUGUUUAAGGCACAACAUUAUAAAACAAGCAUCCAGUCAGCCAAAGAAUUAGCUUUAAAUAUUUAAAUUAUACUUUGUACUCAGUGGGAAAACACUUUGUUACCUAAACAUUGCAAGCACACAUGGAACAAAUAAGCAGGAUGUUUAAACAGACAGAAAACACAAGUAAUGAGUAGAAACCUUUAGAAAAUGGGACAGAGUGGUUGUUUGUACACGUCUCAGUUUUCAGAGGACUGCAGAACUUGGACAGAUUGCGAUCAUAUUUGGUAGCUAGUUGUCAAAAAUCCUUAAAGGCAUAGUAUGGAAUUUUUAAGGUGGGGUGGUAUGAGGUAGUUCUCCAUAGUCGGUGUGUUACCUACAGUAGAAGGCAGUCGGCACAACUCCAGUUUGGAGAAGGAGGAAGGAGGAAAGGCAUUGAAGAUGAGCAAUGUACUGCUGUGGGCAAUGCAGCAGCACAUCAUAUUUUAGCCACCUAAAAAAAUCAAUAUCAGUGUGGUGGUUUUGAAGAAACCAUAGAUGGGUUUGUGGCUUCAGAUCCCUGUCAGAAAGUGCUGUCUGCCGGCAAGGUAAAGCUGUAAAAAUAUUCUAAAUAUAGCAUGCACUUAAACUGAUAUUUUAGGGGGCUGAAAUCUGCUUUGCAGCUGCCCCCAUCCUAGCAGUACUUUGCAGUGUGCCAACAGCCAUCUACUGUAGGUAAUAUACUGACCCCACUUUAAAAAAAAAGCCAAACUAUGCCUUUAGCAUGUAUUCAUGUCCCCACAUCAGCACUUAAUGAUGUAAUGCUUUUGUGGACCACUUGUAACUGUGAGAAAACACUCUGUGAUACAUCACUGUGAUGCUUUGUUCACAUUGGUGAUCUGGCUGCAGCUCAGAGAGAACUGUUUGUUACACAUUCUCCAUAAAACUUUUAAUGUGAUCUUAACAUAACUCCAUUAGAAAACUUUGUCAGUGUAAAACUUUUGUUUUCAACUUGACAAACUGUUUCUUUGUGGUAGAAUAAUCACUGCCCAGCUAUCAAUCCAGACUGGAUGUUGCGUGCAUGGGUCAGAGCUUUGCUUCAGAUGGAAUGCAUGUAAUGAUUGCAUAACAUAUAAUGAAACCAUAUUAGAGGAAAGGGGAAAAAAUUGGACUUGUUUCUUUGGUACUUGUUUACCUGCAGCCAUUUUACCAAUCAGCCGUAUAAUACAAAAAUCAGUCGUACAGGGAAUUAAAAAGGUCGACUGCACGGUGGAUUUAUUAGGUUUUAGUUUUCCUUUGUUGGACUGAGCAGGGCUUCUCAGGCCAACUCAGAAUGGAGCAGGCAUUGGAUUAAAGGACUCUGAUUAUUUGCAACUAUGCCCUACAUCUCUUAAUACGAGACACAGAUUCUUCUAAAAAACAUUGGAUUGGAGAAGCAUUUUGUUUUGUAAAAUAGGCCUUUAAAAUGCCACAAAGUUGCAAAUUUAGAGCAA